CUCAUUGGUUGCAAAAAGAAGGAAAAUAGGAGAAACUACUGCACUGUUGUCCUUUGUCGCCAUCUAGUGGUGAAAAAAGAGAUGAGUACAGUUUAAUCUUUUGAUCUGCUUUAGUCUUUUCGGCCGUUGUUGCGCUUAAACCGUUUUUCAAGGAAAUAUGCAGCCUUGUUUUAUGAAAUUUUGCAGACUACUUUGUUUCGCAUUCAGCAGUCCUUUUUAUCUACUGCAGUUUAUUGGCCUGCGUGGUAUGUACAAACGAGUGUUCCCCUUCCUCGCCUACAACGUAACAUUUUCAUACAACGAUAAAACCCACAAGCUGAAGAGAGAACUGUUUCGGAACCUUGGAAGGUUCGCAAACGCUGACGGGACGCUUCGGUUGCUGGAAAUCGGCUGUGGCAGUGGAGCAAACUUCAGGUUUUACCCCUAUGGCUGCACGGUGAUCUGCACUGACCCCAAUCCGCACAUGGAGCCGUACCUGCGUAUGAGCAUGGAGGCAAACAAGCACCUGACUUAUGACGAGAUGUUAGUUCUCUCUGGUGAAGACAUGAGAGAAGUUGAGGACGAAUCGGUGGACGUCGUGGUCUGCACGUUGGUGCUGUGCUCCGUGAACAACGUGGAAAGGGUCCUGCAGGAGGCCCGACGCAUUCUCAGGAAUGGAGGAGCCUUGUAUUUUCUGGAGCAUGUUGUGUCUGAUCCGUCCACGUGGACACACUUCUGCCAGUAUGUGUUUGAGCCUCUGUGGUGCCUCCUUGGAGAUGGCUGCAUGGUUACCAGAGCAACAUGGAAAGACCUGGAGGCAGCUGGCUUUGCUGAGCUUCACCUAAAACACAUAGAGGCUCCGGAGGUUUCUUUAAUGAUUAGGCCACACAUCAUGGGAUAUUUGAUUAAAUGAAAUAUGUUGUUUGUUGUUUCUAGUUAGUUAAAGACUUAUUUAUUAAUUUCCUUCUUUUCAAAUAAAUUAUCUUUUUAAAUUUAGACCAAAUGGUGAAACAUUUUUUAAAUCAAUAGAAGAGACACUCAUAGCAACAGAUCAAAUUUUAAGGAGCAAAAAUACCAACAUUUUCAUGCACAACAGAUGCAACAAACAGCCACACAUUAUACUGAGAGAAAAUAUAUUUAUUUACUCACCGAAUCAUCAACAUUUCAUAUACUGUUUGUUCUUUCUCACUCCUCCCAAGAUGUACAAAUAAAUAUUACCUGGACUCUGUGCUUUUUUCCCUGAUUGUCAAAGUAACUGCCAAGUAACAACCAAACCACAUUUAAUAUUUCUGAUACCCUUUAUACUCCAUUGCACAAAUAUAAGGAAUGACAGUUGUAACAUCUUUUUAAAAAGGGAAAAGAGGGGAAUUGCUGGUUCACAUAAUUAAAAGAAAAUGCAUCUUUGUGAUAUUUAUAUAGUCAAAAUUCUGCAGAUGCUGGUCAAUUAACUCCAAUAGCAACAGGUUUAAAAACACAAGAAAAUAGGAAAGGGAUACAUUUGGAAACUGAGAGUCAACGUUAAAGCUCACAAUUUCAAAUCUCCCAGUAUUAAAAAUGUACACAACUAUAAAUGUUAUAGCGUUAGCAUUUUCGUUUUUUUUUUGUUUGUUUGUUU